AUGUCCAGUGCUAGUGUGAUUCACAGGAUCAAGGAGUUUGAUCAGAAAGUGCUUGAUAAAAAGUUAUUCUUGGGAAUUUAUCCCAUAGUGUUUAUAAUAGGUUUAUCUAUACGGGUUUUAUUAUCAGAUGAAUUACUUUCAAAAUUAAGAUCUUCAUAUUGGGUUUCUGAAAAUAAUAUAUUCAAUUAUGUAUUUGCAAAUCAUGGGAUUAAAGUGUUUACAACAUUAUUUAUAAUUUUGUUUAUAUCGAAAAUUACACUAUCAGAAUUGAAAACUUAUAGAUCACCAAGUUUAUUACCUAGUGGGAUUGAAACAUCUAAUGAUUUUAGAACAAGAAGACUCAUUACAAGAAAUUUCAAGACUAGUAUAGGUCAUGGUAUUAGAUAUGGUAUAAUAUAUUUUGGAUUGAUUGCAUUAUUUACAUUGAAAAAUUAUGGUUCAACUUCAACAGGUGGUGAAUGUAAACCAAUUGAUUUAAAGAGAUCUUUAAUAAUAACUUCAUGUUCAUCAGAUGAAAAAUGGGUACCUGGAACGUUAAAUAUUUCAGGACAUUAUUUAUUCAUAGUUACACUAAGUUUAUCACUUAUAUUUGAAUUAAAAUUAUUAUUAGAUUAUAAUAUUGAUUGGAUUGAACAAACUAUAGAUGAAGAAGAUGAUGGCUUAGGGUUCUCAACUGAAUUGAAAGCUAGUAUUCAUAUCAUUGGAUGGUGUUCUAUUAUUACUUUACUAACUAUUUUAGCAUGGGUUGGUGUGCUUUCAGUAACGGCAAUUUUUUAUCAUACAUUGAUUGAAAAAAUAAUUGGUUUAACUCUAGGUUAUGUUAUCCCAGUUAUUAACUAUAUCUUUAUUGUAAAAUUCUUUGAAUCAUAUGUAUAA